UUCCUAAACUUAAUAUUUACCUUUAUAUUGUAUGAGAGCCGUGCACAUAAAAAAACUUAAGCAGUAAGAUGUAAAUAGUAAAAAAAGUGACCAAUCAAUAACGAUUUAAUUGUAAGAAUAAUCGAAUGUGAAUGGUGAAUUUUCUUACUUUUUAAGCUUAGGGCCUAUACAAACAAACUUGGCAUAGUAGCAUAACCAUUGCAUAAAGAAAAUUAUCCAAUCGUAUUUUACAUGUGUCCGUAUGAUAGAAAUGCGAUAUUAACUUUUCUUAUGCAUAUGGUUGUGCUGCUAUGCAAGUUUGCUGGAUAGGCCCUUAUUGCCUACGUUUUUCUAUGUGCUAUGGCCCUGAGUGUGAUUUUUUCUAUUCGUGCAACGAUGACAGUUGAGAAUAAGAAUGCGGAUGAAAGAAAAAGAGAUGAGAGCGAUGUUUACGGUGAAACGAUUAAGGACGGUGAAUUAUGGGGAGGUGAUAUGUAUCCUGAAAGAAGAGGAAAUAUUAAGCAAAGCUGGUUUAAAAAAUUAAUUGGCAUUCAGGGACGAGAAUCAAUAGACAGAAAUAAAUGCGAAUAUAAUGUUUAUAAAUGUAUUAAAGAUAGUAAGACAUUUCUUAUAUUAUAAAG